AUGUAUGGUGGCGUCCGUCUGCUCCAUGUGUUUUCGAGUAGUUUUUUGCGCGUUCCGAUUGGGAUCGCUUCUAGAUGCUCGUCCUUUGUAUCAAAUGAAUCCAGACGACCUUUGUACUUUGAUUUUCAAGCCACCACGCCUAUUGACCCUCGCGUUUUAGAUGCAAUGCUUCCAUAUAUGCUGAGCUCUUUUGGUAACCCACAUUCUCGCACGCACAUGUAUGGUUGGGUGGCAGAAGAAGCUGUCGAGGUGGCCAGAGCCGAAGUUGCAGACCUGAUAAAUGCCGACACUAAAGAAAUAAUUUUUACAAGUGGAGCCACGGAAUCCAAUAACCUAUGUAUCAAAGGUGUCUCCCGAUUCUACGCCUCUAAGAAGCGUCAUAUUAUCGUCUCCCAAAUCGAGCACAAAUGCGUCCUGGAUUCUUGUCGUGCCAUGGAGAACGAAGGAUUUCAGGUCACCUACCUACCUGUCCAAUCCAAUGGACUUGUUUUGCCAGAAGACGUUGAACGAGCUAUCCGGCCAGAUACCUCUCUCGUUUCCAUAAUGACAGUCAACAAUGAGAUCGGAGUUAUUCAACCCAUUGAAGACAUCGCCAAAAUAUGCCGUGCCAAGAAGGUCUUCUUCCACACCGAUGCUGCUCAAGCUGUGGGAAAAAUUCCUAUAGAUGUCAAUAGGGGAAAUAUUGACCUUAUGUCCAUCAGCGGGCACAAAAUCUACGGACCGAUGGGGAUAGGUGCUCUAUACGUGCGGCGGCGACCGCGUGUUCGUUUGGAGCCCAUAAUAAGUGGCGGUGGUCAGGAGCGUGGUCUGCGUUCGGGUACCCUGCCAGCUCCGCUUGUUGUCGGCCUAGGCGCUGCCUGUCGCGUUGCCAAGGCGGAGAUGCAGAACGACGCGAAACACACGAGGCAGUUGUACGAUCGCCUGUUGAAGGGCAUCACCUCACAACUGGAGGCAGUCAUUCUUAAUGGAGACCCGGAGCGACGCUACUAUGGGUGCUGUAACCUCAGCUUUGCCUUUGUGGAGGGUGAGAGUCUCCUCAUGGCACUCAAGAAUGUUGCCCUCUCCUCUGGCAGCGCCUGUACUUCGGCCUCCUUGGAACCCUCCUAUGUCUUGCGGGCCAUAGGAACGGAUGAGGAUCUGGCCCACUCGAGCAUCCGCUUCGGCCUUGGACGCUUCACCACUCAAGAGGAAGUCGACUAUACUGUCAAGGAGGUAGUCAAACAUGUCAAGCAUCUCAGAACAAUGAGCCCACUCUGGGAGAUGUAUCAGGAGGGAGUUGAUUUGAAGACCAUCAAAUGGUCUCAGCACUAA